AUGAGCACAGGCGACGCGGCCGUCGGCGACAAGUCGACUGGCCCAAGCGGUAGAGAGGAGGCCUCCAGCGUCGAAGGGGAAGAAGAAGUUCAGUACGUAUUUGUGGACUUUGGCAAGGAUGUCAAAGAUCAGGAUCUUCUGAGGCCUGGAAUGAAGGUGAAGCUCAAGGGGUUGGGCACCAGCUCUCCCCGGGUGGAGCUAGAGGGCGGCUGGGCCUUUUCUGGCGAAUAUGAAGAUGUUCUUGGCACACUGCUCAUGUUCUCAACAAAUGAGGCGGAGCCAGGAGCCGUGCAAGCACACUACAAGUGCAAAACUACCAAGUGCCUGAUGUGCAGCCUGGCAGCCAAGCCACCUCGAAGGCGUGGGGCAUCAUACGAAGUUGAUGACGUCAGAGGUGGGGAAGAUGAUGCCAUGUCUGAGGAUGGCGGCCCAAAGUCAAAUGAGCAGAAGCAGCAACGGCGGGUGGGGGAGGGAGAGGGGAGGGGUGAAGAGGGGUUGGAGAAUGGAAGGGCUGCAGACGAGGGACGGUUCGCGGAGGCUGGAAUCGCAGAAGGAGGUGAGGCUGGGGAUGCUGUGUCGUGUUUAGAGCCCGGGAUCUGGGAGGGGCCGCCUCGCGAUGGGGAGGACAUGGUUGUCGAUGCGGAGAGCGGGGGUGGGUGA